AUGGAAGAUCUCAAAAGCGAUCCAUUUGUUGCGGAUGUGACUGAAGCCGAUCGAUCUGUGAUAAAAAUUCUUCUCGGUGAAGUCAACGCUGAGGUUGAAGAGACAGUGGAGGAUAUCAUGCCAGAUGACUUGCCCGACCUCGAUGUGGACAUGGUUUCAGCGGAGGCAGCAGAGGUUAUGGCUCAGUCUUUGAAUGACAUGGAUGACAUGGAGGAGAAAUUGUCCAACACCGAAGAGCUACUAAAUAUGGCGAGUUAUGAGGAUGUUGAAUUUAAUACAGAAGAUGCCAAAAUACCCGCUUCUCUCGACAUGACCUCUUUCAUUCUCACCGAGGAAGAUCAGUCGAUUGAUGAGAGGGCCGUUCGAGGUGUUGCCGACUCUCUUGUCCGUGACCUACUGUUGGGCGAUGUGGACUUUACCUCAAUCGCUUUCAUCGCUUUUGAAUGUAUCAGAGAUUAUCAGGAGGUGAGAUUGAAGUAG